GCAGAGGACGCGUCCGUCUCAUUCAUACCCGUCGGAGCCAAUCGAACCGUGCUGGUUCUGGAGGAGGACUUGGUUUAUUUUCACUUCAUGUUUAUGUGAGUUUAAAGUAUUGGGACACUCGGAAGAGGAUUUCCACGCUUUUUUUGUCGUCGUGUGGGACAGGACGUAGGCACCUGGAAGUGAGGACAAGAUGCCUCAGACACCGCCGUUCACAGGGCAGCACAGCACCUCAGGCUACAACAAGAACCUCUACCAGACCAAGGAGGAGGUAUACUCUGGACUCUACUACCAUGACAACAACCUGGCCUCCGGGUCCUUGGAGGCCCUCAUUCACCACCUGGUUCCCACUGUAGACUACUACCCUGACAGGACUUACAUCUUCACCUUCCUGCUGAGCUCCCGCCUCUUCAUCCGUCCGUACGAGCUCAUGUCCAAAGUGUGCCACCUGUGCGUGGAGCAGCAACGAAUGGGCGACGCCCAAGCAGACAAGAUGCGACUCAGGAAGAUGGCUCCCAAGAUCCUCCAGCUGUUGACAGAGUGGACGGAAACCUUCCCGUACGACUUCAGGGACGAACGGAUGAUGCGCAGCCUGAAGGAGCUCACCCACCGCCUCUCCAGCGGAGACGAGAUUUACAGGAAGGCGGUGAGCCAGCUGAGUCAGGGUCUGAUCCGGAGGCUGACGGUGCUCAGCCAGUACGAGGAGGCCCUGGUCAAGAUCAACGCCACGGCGGCCGAGCGCCUCACCGUUCUCAAGGCUAAACCCCAAGCGGCCAUCCAGAGAGACAUGCUGUCAAUCUGCAACGACCCCUUCACCGUCGCCCAGCAGCUGACUCACGUAGAACUGGAGCGACUAAGCUACAUCGGCCCUGAAGAAUUUGUACAGGCGUUCGUGCAGAAAGAUCGGGUGGACAACGACAAGGGUCGCUUCAGUGAUCACAAGAAGGCCGCCAACCUGGAGGCGUACGUGGAUUGGUUCAACAGGCUCAGCUACCUGGUGGCCACAGAGAUCUGCAUGCCCGGGAAGAAGAAGCACAGGGCGCGAGUCAUGGAGUUCUUCAUCGACGUGGCGCGGGAAUGCUUCAACAUCGGGAACUUCAACUCCCUCAUGGCCAUCAUUUCCGGGAUGAACAUGAGCCCCGUGUCCCGCCUCAAGAAGACGUGGAGCAAAGUCAAGACGGCCAAGUUUGACAUCCUAGAGCACCAGAUGGAUCCUUCCGGCAACUUCUACAACUACAGAACGGCGCUGCGUGGCGCCACCCAGAGGUCCAGGACCGCCAACAGCAGCAGGGAGAAGAUCGUCAUCCCGUUCUUCAGCCUGCUGGUCAAAGACAUCUACUUCCUUAACGAGGGAUGCGCCAGCCGCCUGCAGAACGGACACGUCAACUUUGAGAAGUUCUGGGAGAUGGCCAAACAGGUGAGCGAGUUUAUGAGUUGGAAGAAGGUGGAGUGUCCCUUUGAGAAGGACCGAAAGAUUCUUCAGUACCUGCUGACCGCUCCGGUCUUCACGGAAGAUGCGUUGUAUCUGGCGUCGUAUGAGAGCGAGGGUCCUGAGAACAACAUGGAGAAGGACAGGUGGAAGUCCCUCAGAUCCACUCUGCUGAACCGUGUGUGAAGACCAAAGACAAGCUGUCAUCUUUAAAAAAAAAAAAAAAGUAUCCUCCUUCUUGCAGAGGAAAGGACAAUCUCUAUUUGGCUGACUUCUUGUUGUUGUUUCCAUGACAACUUGUGUUUUUGACCACACCCUCUUUGUAAGACUUUCUCGAUUUUUCUACGAAAGGAAGCUGUCUCUUUAAGUGGGCGGGGCUUGUCUUUCCCUCCCUCCCUCCUCCCCCACGACGCUACGCGUUAGCUGCCGGUUAGCUAACACAAGCUAUUAGCUGCUAUUCUUUCUGUUUGUGUUCUUUCCUUUUCAUCACUGUGUUGUUUUUGGAAGCACAGAAUGCGCUGGCUGCAUUUGUGGUGGCGUGUAGGAGGGUUUCCUCUGAUCAGUCCUAGGAGAUUAUAAACUAUGCUCUCUUUAGCAUCUGUUUGCUAACUGCGCUCGAGCUGCCACCUGCUGGAUAAGUCAGAAAGGUGCGUGAUUGUUUGCCCCUGUGAGUUCAUGUAAAUGAUAUCAAAGGUUUUAUUUAUGCAUCUAUGUCACGCCAGUAUUUGCGUUUGUUAUGCUGUUAUUUAAUUUGAAGUAUUAUUUUACGUUCACGUUCGUAGGAGACUUUUUUGGGGGAAGGCUCAAAGUAUGACGUUUUUGACUGACUUUGUCCCUCCUGUACAUAAAUGAUGAUCAUAAUUAUGAUCAUGUGUCUUUGUUCAUCCAUUACACGUUUAUACAUCCAGUAUCUGUUAUGAAGAUAAAGCUAAUAAAGAGGCUUUGAAAUGA